AUGUCUGGUACUAACGGAAAAGCCACUCUCAAUGCCCCAGCUUCCUAUAGCGGAGCACAAUCCUCUAUCAGGUCCGAGGCCCCGCUUGUCGACGUUCAACCACCUCGUGUCGAAGACCUCCAACCUAGCUAUGCUAAAUUGGUUCCUGCUGUCGAAGACAAGCGUGAAAACAACUGGUACGGUAGCAUGAUCAACGGUCUCGGUGUCAUCAUCGGUUCCUUUGGUGCUAUUCCCUGCUGUAUCUGUUGCCCAAAUCCAUACAAACCAGUCUCUCAAGGCAAUGUCGGGCUGGUCACCAAAUUCGGUCGAUUCUCGCGUGCAGAGGACCCCGGCCUCGUUCGCAUCAACCCUCUCUCCGAAAAGCUCAUCAUGGUCGACGUUAAGAUCCAGAUCUGCGAAGUUCCUCAGCAAGUUUGCAUGACAAAGGAUAACGUCACCGUCCAUCUCACCAGCGUCAUCUACUACCACAUUAUCGCCCCUCACAAAGCUGCUUUCGGAAUUUCUAAUGUCCGACAGGCUCUCAUCGAGCGUACUCAAACUACCCUCCGUCAUGUCAUCGGUGCCAGGGUGCUUCAGGAUGUCAUCGAGCGUCGCGAGGAAGUCGCGCAAAGCAUUGGUGAAAUAAUCGAAGAAGUCGCUGCCGGCUGGGGUGUCCGUGUCGAAUCCAUGCUCAUCAAGGACAUUAUCUUUUCCCGCGAGUUACAGGAUAGUUUGUCGAUGGCGGCACAGAGCAAGAGGAUUGGUGAAUCCAAGAUCAUUGCUGCGCGCGCCGAAGUCGAAUCCGCCAAGUUGAUGAGACAGGCAGCUGAUAUCCUUAGCUCCAACGCUGCUAUGCAGAUCAGAUACCUCGAGGCCAUGCAACAAAUCGCUAAGACAUCGGGAUCAAAGGUAAUUUUCUUGCCCGGCGCUAACAAUGGCCCGGCGGCUCUCAAGUCCGGUGACUACAGCCAAGACGAAGCUGGUCCUUCCGAGGGGCCACUUAGCGAGGCCUAUAAGGCGCAGAUCCUCGAAAACAUGUAA